ACCUGUUGGUUCGGUAGUCUAUCGGUUUAGACCACUCAAGGUCGGCGGUCGGUGGUCGGCGAUGGGUGUUUGGUAGGCCUGGCAGUCCACGUCAAGUGGUUCGUCGGAAGUAGGUCGCUUUUGUUGUCACAUUUGCUUGGAAAGUUGGACAGAAUCAGGUCACAAGAUGGCCUCUGUCAGAGUUUGGCAGUUCUUUCUUUUCAUGGUGAUCCAUUCCUUAUUACUGUGUUCAUUCGUGAAGGCUCAAGAUGACACUCGAGCGGAUGACCGCUGUGGCCCAAAUAAUCUAGCACCCAAUGGCGAACCCGCCAAGUGCAAAAACAUUCCACCAUUUCCCACUUGCUGCCAAAACAACGGCCAUUGUGGAUGGGAUUGCGAUGGGAUUGCCACCAAUGACGAUAUCAAGACCGGUGCGUUGCCCAAGCCGGUGAUUGAGGCUGCUCCUAAACCAGUGUACGUGAGCAACGGAAAAUACCGAUCUGACGGCAAAUGCGGUCCCACCAACCCCCUUGAAGAUGGAAUCACUCCCGCAGAAUGUGAUCCCAACUCCGGUUAUUAUUGCUGCUCGGCCCAUGGGUUUUGUGGAUCCGAAGAGGAACACUGCUAUUGUGAUACUUGCGUGAACUACAGACCUAUUAAGAUUGACGGAAAAGUUCGCUCCGAUCGCCGCUGUGGAACAGGGUUUCCAUUGGAAGAUGGCACUCCAGCGGAAUGUAAUCCAAACAGUGAGAACCCUUGCUGUUCCAAAUGGGGUUAUUGUGGACCUGGAGACAGUCAUUGUUCCUGCCCUGAGUGUAUUGAUUAUCGAUCUGGUGGUGGAAUCAAUUUCCAAAAAGAGACUAUAAUUCCAUUUGACACCUCGAAAGUUCGUUCAGACAGACGUUGUGGAGCCAAGUUUCCACUGAAGGACGGAUCUGCCUCAGAAUGUGAUCCCAAUAGUCCAAAUCCGUGUUGUUCACAAUGGAACUUUUGUGGACCCGGCUCAGACCAUUGCGAUUGCCCUACCUGUGUGGACUAUCGUUCUGCAGAGCAGAAAGUUCAAGAGGAUUUUGUGGGCAAGGUCCGGAAAGAUCGGCGAUGUGGCAAGGAUUUUCCAUUGCCCAAUUCUUCGGAACCUUCAGAAUGCGAUCCACAAUCAGAAAACUUCUGUUGCUCCAAAUGGGGUUUCUGUGGAUUUGACGCCGACCACUGCGGCUGUCCUGAGUGUGUCAAUUACCAGAACCUAUCCAAGAAAUGAUUGAUGAUCCAAGAAAAAUAAAGAAGCCUCUUUGAUGAAGCAUAAAGACAUGAGACAAAGAACC